GGCUACGUAGUAUCUGAAACCUCACUUGCACUACUCUCCUCAAGUGCCAAGAAGGCUAGCAGUCAUUGUAGCAUAUUUUUUGCGCUAACACAUUUUAUUUCGCAGUCUAUGUAGAGUAUGUAAUACCUGCAUGAUCAGUAGGCUAGAUAUGAUGAAACUAUGAUUCUUUACACAUUUCAACUGACGUGUAUUUUGGCUCUAGGCCACUGCUGUACCAAUCUCACAGUUCGACAAAUACCAGAAUCUGCGUACUGGAAGGAGGGCGCGAGCGUCAACUUAAGCUGCACGCUUACUUUUAACAUCUCUAUCCUGGAGUUUUCUGUGGAAUGGUACAGAACCUCUUCAAUAAUUUCAUAUAAACGCUACAAUCUGUCCGAAAGGCAGGAUUUUACCGAUAUCCUACCUUUACAUUCGAUCCAACGGAAUCAGAGUGGAAAGUAUUUUUGUAACGUGUCCAUCCUUAUACCCUGCAUGGAACGGGGCAGUGGAAGUGGAACUAAUCUCAUUGUAGAAGUUCUUGAACCCCCUGGUACUGUAAGGGAAUCCUCCUCGUCAACUGUCGUUUGGACGUCACUGUUGGCUGCCGUUUUGGCAGUGGGACUAUGCUGUGUGAUCUACAGCAAACGUAAAGGCAAUAAAAGAAACACUUCCACAGGACAGGAAACUGGUUGCCCGACACCAGACCUUUCUGAGGCUGUUUAUGCAAAGCCCAACUUUAGGAAUUUUAAGGCUUGUGAUGGAAGCAACAGCACUGAAGCACAGUGCUCUAUCAAGCCACAAGUUGGAAAGAGAACGCUGGAUUCAGGAUGCAUGAGACCUGCUGUUGUGGAAAAUGUUUUAUACAGUACACUGAAGCUUACUGCUCCAGACCUGUAAAUCAGAGUUAAUAAUUUGUAUUGAGUCAUACAUUUGCUCGUAAAAAUUGUUUGGCUCUUUUAUUAUUGUAUCAUUACUUCAGCUGUAUGCCAAAUAUUAUUUAAUUCUCACAUUUCCAAAUAAUGGUUUGCCAAGAGAUCAAAGUUAUUUUGUUGCCAUCAGAAAUGAUUGUCCUUCAGUUGCAAAAUGAAAAAUAAAAUUUAACAUUGAAAAAUAGUAUAUUGUUUAUAUACUCAGUCCAAAUAUAGAUGUUAGUACAAUGCUAAAUGUCUUGAUGUAAUAGUCGAAAGAUUUUUCCGGGGAAUUGCACAAAGAAUCACCAAUCACAAUAAUGUCGCAAGAAAAAAUGUUGUUGGAACUGUGUUGUGAUUUUGACAGCUGAACUACCAGGUAUGGAUUAUCCUGUAUAAAUCCAUCCAAUGGGCAAUAUCUUUCCCGAAACAGCAUUGGUAGCAUUAGAUUUCAUUAAAUAAUCAUUCUUACGAGGUCAUUGAAGAAUUAAAAGUUAAUUUUGUA